AUGUCUUCACCUUCGAUGUUCGAUCGUAUCUCGAGUUCUCGUCAGCGACUACCCAACAUCCCCUUACGUAGCCCUCCGAUUCGAGAAGUCAGCGAGUAUGACUUAGACGAGCUCGAACCGAGAAGUGACGACGUCCUCUUCGACCAGGAAGCUCCGCGCCCGAGACUGAGGAAAAACACUCAGCCGGUAUCGACCACUUCCACUCGUCGAUCUUCAUCUCCUGCUUCGAUGGACAGCAAACAUCGCUAUUCCAACUCGCCUCCCCAUACCAGAUCGAAACCAAUCUUCGCUGGACCACCGCCUCCGAUCGCAUCUUCCAUGCUGAUAAACCAGCAAUCCUCUCGACAAUCCAACUCUUCAAGUCACCUUGAUAAUAACAGGGGCUAUGGCCUCCUAGCAGCCAGUAGAUUUGGUUCGAACAGCCCCAGUCAAAAGCAUGUGGACAACCGGCCACGUCUGGAUACCAUAUGGAGAAGCUUACAGAGACGAGAGAAGGCGCUUGAACGUGAUAUUCAGCAGCUUCUGGAUCUUCAAGCUUCAGGUCUGAUUGCUGGAAGCGGAGAUGGGGGAUCCGAGAGUAACUUUGGAAGCGACACAGGUACUGGAGAGAGCACCUUUUACUCCACAGCUACAUCCAAGUCCCGAAUGGUGAACUCAUUGCAUAUGCCUACGCGGUCCACGGCAGAUGGCAAUGUCAUACCUGUGAGACAGCCGGCGCCAAACAAGCCCCGCGGUCUGAAAACAGCUCGAGUUGGCCUCCAGCGAUCAAUGACCGCAUUAGCAGAGCUAAAGGCUGAGGAGGAUAUGCAUUUAAACUCGGCUCUGGAGCAAAGGAAGGAUGCUUUAGCUUAUCUUGACAAAGUGGGCAAAAGAAGGGAUGCUAUCUACUCCGAGCUUCAUGCUCUAGAAAAUGAUGAGGAGGAGCCUCUAGGUCAGGAACUUCGACUGCUGGAAGAACAACAGCACGAAUUGGAUCAAGAAAUACAACUUCUUGAAGAGAAACUGGCUAGGGCGAAGAGGCGGCGCAGGUCGGUGCGAGAAAGAGCAGAGGAAGUCAAGAACCGACGAGAGGCGGGCUUGAGUGGAUAUAGGGCAGCUGGCAAAGACGUCGAUAUGGAAGUCAGGACAUUGAUGCAGACACCGCCCAUCGCGCCACUGGAUGUUGAUGCCCUUGGAUUUGGGGUAAACUCGCAGCCAAAAGAGGAUAUGGAUAUCCUGAGAGGCACUGAGUUCUUGCAGCUCCGCCCCGAACGCCGUACUAUGGAAAUGGCAAGAAAUUGGUGGCAAGGAGAAAUUGCUGCCCUUGAACGUCGCAAAGCGAAAAUCUCGGAAGACCGUCAAGCUUUGAUGGAAGGCUCAGAAGUCUGGUCCGAAGUAACUGGACUGGUUGCACAAUUUGAGGCAAAACUGCGAGAGCUUGUGAAAGCUAGCCAGGCUGGCGAUGCUGAUGAAGAGCCGCAACAAGCUGCGAUGCGAAACCAGCUGUCUGAGAUGGAUGACGUUGUUGAAGAAUUGCAGCAUCGAUUGCAGAUGGCAGAGUCAAAACACUGGAAUCUCCUGAUAUGUGCAAUUGGCGCUGAAUUAGAAGCCUUUAUCGAAGCCCAAGCUCUCCUGAAAGAGACCAUUGGCCUCCCCGAGCCGGCCCCAGCACCCAGUUCCCCUGAACACAACGAAUCAACGGACAAAUCAGAAGAGGCGAGUCAAGAUGACCAGGAGGAGAGUCACAAUGAGAGCGACAAUGAGGUUCCGGUCGACUUGUUGGUCUCCAAGUUUGAGGACCAUGACCGCGACCCUCCUGAUAGUGACCAGAAAUCAAGUGUGGUGCUGAGGAGAGAUAGCUCAGGAGAGAAUGACGUACCGGCCGAGUUCUUAGCAGAGCACGAUCCAAACAAGAUCGAUUAG